AAUGACUCCCACAAUGCACUGCAUCGUGUCAACUGACAGUGUGCGUUGUGUUGUUAUACUGACCUUGCUUUUCUAGCGACUUUUCUAGCGGGAUUUUGAUAAUUUAUACCACGCGUAUAAUCAUUUCGUUGUACGCGGUACGUGCACACCAUGAGCAGCAUGAGGACCAUCCUGGCCUCUUUCGGGGUGUUCGGGCUUGUCGGUAUGGGCUACGGAAUGUGGGCCGUAAUUUCACCUGGAGAGGAGAGGAAAAUGGAAAUAUUAAAGAAUCUUCCAGAGGCCAAUCCUGUGCGAAUGGAGGAAACCAGAAAGAGAAAUGCCCUCAUGCUUCAAGUUUUAAAGGAUGCUGCAGAGACAAAUGAUAACAUUGCACGUGGAUAUGGAAGCCAGAAAUGAUGCAUUUGCACAAAUAUCAGACUUUCACAUGCUACUAGCAAUCUGCACACGCCUGAGAGGAUCAACAUGAAGCCAGGGACGUUAAAAAUAAAUGAUCUACAAAUGUCAUGUCAUGUAUGCUAAAGAUAAAGAGAAUAUUAGAAGAGAACCUCAUGGACAUCGCCAAGAAUGGCACGUUCUGUCAGGUUUGCUUUGCUUUUGUUUUCCUUGCUGGAAAAUGAAUCUUAAAAUGGUCAUUGUUUUUUGGACCACGCUCCAAAAAACAA